CACUCACGCACGCAGGGGGAAAGUGAGGGUGACAGUGUGUAUGAGAAAGAAAGAGAGAAAGAGAGUGACAAAAGCAGUUAGUUCCAUGGACUGAAAGUGGAAAACUAGCAAGAGGGAAGGAGGGAGGGAAACAAAAGUGUUUGAGAGAAAGAGAUCUUCUCCCCUCUGUUCUGGUGGCUGUUUUCUUUGCUGUGAGCCUGAGAAGGGGGAGGACCUAAACUCAGCGCUCAGAGUCAAUACUGGACCCCUACUGGACUCCAAUGCCCUUACUGGAGUCCACUGCGCAACCCACAAACACGCUCUCACACACACACACGCAUACUCUCUCACACGGUGACACACACACACGCUCCCUCAGACCCCUGCAGCUACUGCAGAACGGAGCAGAGGGAGAAACAGAGAACGAGAGGGAGAAAGGAGGGGAAGUUGUUCGUUGUUACUACUUGUUGCUGAUUGCUUUCCGUGCGGAGCGUUGAGGAUGAUAUUCCCUGUCUUUUCCUAGCGGGAGCUUGUCUGAGCAGAAUCGCCCCCUGAGAGAACAGGCCGCAGACGGAGUAUGCCCGGUAGCGCCCCGGACAAGACCAUACCACCCAUGGAACCUGCCGCCGCAGCCACGCCCUUCAGAGUCACUGGCUUUCUGAGUCGGAGGCUGAAGGGUUCUAUAAAGCGUACUAAGAGCCAGCCGAAACUGGACCGUAACUCCAGCUUCAGACACAUCCUGCCUGGAUUCAGGAGUGUGGACAAUGAGAGUUCUAAUCUGAUGCCGAGGCUGAAGGAGUCUCGCAGCCACGAGUCGUUGCUCAGCCCCAGUAGUGCUGUGGAGGCCGUGGACCUCAGCAUGGAGGACGAGGUGCUCAUCAAACCUGUUCACAGCUCCAUCCUCGGACAGGACUACUGCUUCCAGGUCACCACCUCAACAGGAAGUAAAUGUUUCUCCUGUCGAUCUUCAUCAGAGAGGGACAAGUGGAUGGAGAACCUGAGGAGAGCCGUCCACCCCAACAAGGACAACAGCCGUCGGGUGGAGAACAUGCUGAAGCUGUGGAUCAUCGAAGCCAAGGACAUUCCUGCCAAGAAGAAGUACUUCUGCGAGCUGUGUCUGGACGACACCCUGUACGCCCGCACCACCUGCAAGCUCAAGACCGACAACGUCUUCUGGGGCGAGCACUUUGAGUUCAACAACCUCCCGGCUGCCAAGAGCAUCACGGUCCACCUCUACAAGGACUCGGACAAGAAAAAGAAAAAAGACAAGAACAAUUACAUCGGAUUGGUCAACAUCCCAGUCGCCGCGGUGACGGGAAGGCAGUUCAUGGAGAAGUGGUACCCGGUAAGCACUCCGACGCCCAACAAGGGGAAGACGCCAGGGCCCAUGAUUCGGAUCAAGGCCCGCUACCAGAGCAUGAACAUCCUGCCUAUGGAGAUGUAUAAGGAGUUUGCAGAGUACACCACCAAUAACUACAUGUUGCUGUGCUCCGUGCUGGAGCCUGGCAUCAGUGUGAAGAACAAGGAGGAGAUGGCUUCUGCACUGGUCCAUAUUCUACAGAGCACCGGCAAGGCCAAGGACUUCCUGACAGACCUGAUGAUGUCAGAGGUGGACCGGUGUGGGGAGAACGAGCACCUGAUCUUCCGAGAGAACACGCUGGCCACCAAGGCUAUAGAGGAGUACCUCAAACUUGUGGGGCAGAAGUACCUACAGGAUGCACUCGGUGAGUUUAUCAAGGCGUUGUAUGAGUCAGAUGAGAACUGUGAGGUGGACCCGUCCAAGUGUUCGUCCAAUGACCUGCAGGAGCACCAGAGCAACCUGAAGAUGUGCUGUGAGCUGGCCUUCUGCAAGAUCAUCAACUCCUACUGUGUGUUUCCACGGGAACUCAAGGAGGUGUUUGCAUCGUGGCGACAGGAGUGCAGUAGCCGGGGGCGACCGGACAUCAGCGAGCGUCUGAUCAGUGCGUCUCUGUUCCUGCGUUUCCUGUGUCCGGCCGUUAUGUCCCCGUCGCUUUUCAACCUGAUGCAGGAAUACCCUGAUGACCGCACCGCACGCACACUCACACUCAUCGCCAAGGUCACGCAGAACCUGGCCAACUUCGCCAAGUUUGGCAGUAAGGAGGAGUACAUGUCCUUUAUGAACCAGUUCCUGGAACAUGAGUGGACCAACAUGCAGCGCUUCCUGCUGGAGAUCUCUAACCCAGAGACCAUCUCUAACACUGCAGGGUUCGAAGGUUACAUAGACCUGGGACGGGAGCUGUCCACCCUGCACAACCUGCUGUCAGAGGUCGUCUCUACCAUGGACCAGAGCUCCGCCUCCAAGCUAGGCCCCCUACCCAGGAUCCUCCGGGAUGUGAACACAGCGCUGAACAACCCGUCCAGCAUGACCAUGAGCAUGACCGCUCCGUCCUCCUCUGACCGUAUGGGGUCACCGCCCAAUGUAGGGGCAGAAUGCAGCAUCUCCACCGGCCUACAGAAGAUGGUCAUCGACAAUGACCUUUCAGGGUUGGUGGACUUCACCCGGUUACCCUCCCCCACCCCGGAGAACAAGGAACUUUUCUUUGUCACCAGGAACGCUGGGAUCCAGCCCACCCCGGCCCGCAGCUCUAGCUACUCUGAAUCCAAUGAGCCCGACCUGGGCAUAGCCAACGGCAGCAAGAGCCUGUCCAUGGUGGACCUCCAGGACCCCCGCAGCUUAGAGAGUGGCCCAGGCCCUGGCCCGUCAGACGGCCUGGGAGAGGGCAUCGUUCCUGGGGGAGUGUGGUCGGCCCGAACCCCCCAGGGGAACAUCACUGGAGGUCCUACUCUGAGAAGGCCCGUCCAGACCCCCACCACCCCCGGAUCGGAGAGCGCCCCUGGCAGACCUGCUCAGCUUCUAGCCCCCCUGUCCUUCCAGAACCCCGUCUACCAGAUGGCGGCAGGGCUGCCCUUGUCGCCGCGGGGCCUGGUCGACUCGGGUUCUGAGGGCCACAGCUCCCACAGUUCCCAUAGCAACAAUGAGGAUGGGCCAGGAGGAGGAGGGGGGAUACACAACUCCUUCCUGAACCACGGAGUAGGAGGUGGGGGGAGCAGCGUGGAGGAGUAUGCCCGUCGUUCGGGGGAGUUCAUAGGCACGCGGAGGCAGCUGUCACUCACAGAGGCCCAGCACCAGCCCACCGUGCCCAGACAGAAUAGCGCCGGCCCCCAGCGCAGGAUAGACCAGCCCCCUCCACAGACCACCGUCACCAGGGGCCGCACGCCCCCAAACCUGCUCAACAGCGGGCCCUACCCGCGCCCCUCCAGCAGCAGCAUGAUGUCAUCCCCCGACUGGCCCGGCAACGGGGCGCGGCUACGGCAACAGUCGUCGUCGUCAAAAGGAGACAGCCCAGAGAGCAAGCAGAGAGCCCAGCACAAACAGGCCCCCUCCCCAGUGAAGCCCAAUGCACUGGACCGUACGGCUGCCUGGCUGUUGAAUAUGAAUGUUCAGUAUGUAGACCAUGAGGGGAUGGACCCCGAGUUCAGAAACAGAGAGGAUCUCACUCAGGCCGAGAAGUACCAGCAGGAGAUUGUGGUCCUCCAGGAGAAGCUGCGUGUGUCGGUCCAGAAGCUGGAGGAGUACGAGGCUCGUCUGAAGGGUCAGGACGACGGUGCUCAAAAGGUGCUGAUGGAGUACCAGGCACGGCUGGAGGAGUCUGAGGAACGCCUGAGACGACAGCAGGAUGACAAGGACCUCCAGAUGAAGGGUAUUAUAAGCAGGUUAAUGUCAGUGGAAGAGGAGCUAAAGAAAGAUCACAAUGACAUGCAGGCUGUGGUUGACUCCAAACAGAAGAUCAUUGAUGCACAGGAGAAACGUAUAGCGUCCCUGGACACGGCCAACGCCCGUCUGAUGAGUGCCCUGACCCAGCUGAAGGAGCGCUACAGCAUGCAGACCCGUAACGGCAUCUCCCCAACCAACCCCACCAAGCUCCAGAUCACUGAGAAUGGAGAGUUCAGGAACAGCAGCAACUGCUAGAGGCAGAGAGAGAGGGUGUGCGUGUGUGUGUGUGUGUGUGUGUGUGUGUGUGUGUGUGUGUGUGUAUGUGUGUGUGUGUGUGUGUGUUGGCUGGUGCUUGUAGAGGACACUUCCUUAUAUGGACACUACAUGGUGAGGAGAAUGUGAGUGGGGAGACCACUGCCAGGGGCCAAGCGAGGAGGCGGGUCUUCAGUUUGACAGACAGCAGACCAGGAAAGAGACAACGAAUCAAUGGACAGAGCUGAACACCAGAUGGGCCCUGCAGAGGAGAAGCCGGGACAAGCUGUAGACAUGAACUGAACUCUCCGUCAAUCAAUCGACUUGGAUGUUUCCAUUGGAUGUAUGCAGUUGCUGGGACAAUUUCAGGCUCUCUUCCCUAAAGCUUGGGUCAAACCACUAUAUAAUCAACACAUUGUCUGUCAGAUAGUCACCCAAAACCUCUUUACUCUCCUCUUCUCUUCUUCUCUGUUCUCCUUUCCUCUCCUCUUUUCUCUUCUCUGUUUUACUCUCCUUUCCUGACCUCCUCUCUUCUUCUCUCUGUUAGGAGCAGGUUACGUGGACCUUGUACAAAACAAUAACAAAACAAUGAUUUAUUUAGAUCUUAUCUCAUUCUUUUAAAAACCAAAUAGGAGCUUUGAAAUAUUUUUUGUCCAAACUGAUCUUUAUUUUUACAGUGCCUUGCGAAAGUAUUCGGCCCCCUUGAACUUUGCGACCUUUUGCCACAUUUCAGGCUUCAAACAUAAA